UUCCUAACUGUAUACAGAUUACAUAGUAUUGUAUUUUACAUCAAAAUAAAAAUAAAUAAAAAACUCGAAAAAGGAAGGGAAGCCAAGUGAUUAUCGAUUCGAUUCGCCAGUGAAGCUAAAAUUAGGGUUUGGUCUUCUCACUCCACCAUAGCCGUUCCUCUUUCUCUCUCUUCUUAUUGAUUUUUUGAGAGAGUAAAGCUUUCAAGAAUGGCGACCAUAGUUCCAACAACCGAGGAAGAUCCCGCUCUCACCGUCGUCCGUUUUGUUUCCGAGCUUGCUUGGGCCGACGCCGGUACCGAGGUGGCACAAGCACAAGUUGCGAGAUCAAGCCAGGAAGCGCAGGAAUGUAUGGCGAUGGAGAGAUGGAUUGAUUUGGCAUCCCUAAUUUUGACGUCCGCGGAUUUGGUUUUCUCUAAGGUUGCUGAGAAAGAUACUGAGUGCAUCUACACUGUAAUUUGCAACCUUGUCACAAAGUCUGAAAAUCCGGAGGAGGUUUUGGAGAUUGUGAAGCUUAUAUCUGCUAAAAUUGUUCAACAUCCAAAUGAGAAGCCUACUCUGCGACUAAAGAUAUUGUUCAAUCUGUAUAACCUUCUUGAAGACGCAUACAGCCGUUUCCAUGUUUACUUAAAUGUCCUCAAUCUGGCAGCAAGUGGUAAAGUUACUGAGCAUGUUAUUCCUUCCAUCAAGAAAAUCGACAGUUUCUUGAGUGAAUGGAAUCUUAGCGUCCAAGAUCAGAGAGAGCUUUUUCUUGCAGUUUUCAACGCUCUAAAAGAAAGUAAAAGCUCUGGAAAGGAAUCAUUCAAUUUUCUUUCGAAGUAUUUGGCAACUUUUUCUCCUGAGGAUGAACAAGCAAUGAUUGAGGCCAAAGAGGAGGCUGCCAACGCUAUUAUUGAAUUUGUGAAGGGACCUGAUAUGUUUCAGUGUGAUUUGCUGGAUAUUCCAUCAGUAACACAGCUGGAGAAUGAUGCUAAAUACGCACUGCUAUAUCAACUGCUAAAGAUAUUCCUCACUCAGAGGCUGAAUGCUUACUUGGACUUUCAGGCAGCAAACUCUACCUUGCUGAAGGACUACGGCCUUGUUCAUGAAGAUUGUCUGGCUAAGAUGAGGCUGAUGUCGUUAGUGGAUCUUGCCUCUAGUGAGUCGGGGCAUAUUCCAUAUGCUCUUAUCAAGGACACACUUAGCGUCAAUGACAAUGAGGUAGAAUAUUGGGUUGUUAAAGCCAUUACUGCGAAGUUGCUCGACUGCAAGAUGGACCAGAUGAAUCAGGUUGUCAUUGUGAGUCGUUACACUGAGAGAUUGUUUGGGCAACAACAAUGGGAUAACCUUCGAUCAAAGCUAGCAACGUGGAGGGGAAAUAUAGCUAGCGUUAUCAACACAAUUCAAGCUAACAAGGUAACCGAGGAUGCCACACAGGCAAUGCAGAGCAUGACAGUUCGUUGAGAUUUAGUUUGAUAUUUUCUUCCUGUCAGUGAGUUACACCGUCAGAAAUCUAAAUUAAGGGCACAUUAGUUGUAAUUACCCUUUAAUGUGUGGUGGAAUUGAAAUUCAAUUCUGCCGGAGAUUUUGACUGAGGUUGCUUUGUGUUCUAUAUUUGUUCUUCAAUUUUGAUUUGUUUCGGUAGACAAUUUCUUCUACUGCAA